AUCACUAGUGGUCAUGUAUUAUUUUACAUUUAAUUUCAGUCUUGAUAAUGUGAGGAACAAGAUAUGGGUUUCUUUCAUGGGAGUUCUGUCUGCGGGUUCUGGCUGUGCUCUCUAGCUUCUGCUUGCUGCUCCUUUUCCGAGUGCCAUUCGUAAUAACAGUGGCUAAUUCACCUUUCCUGAUUCUGGGCAUUGGUGUUGAUGAUAUGUUCAUCAUGCUUUUCAACGGGCAACAAACCAAAGUGAAGGAUCCAGUGGAGAAGAGAAUGGCAGAAACCUUCAAAGAAGCUGCCAUGUCUAUAACUAUCACUACAUUGACUGAUGUUCUUGGUUUCUACAUCGGGCUCAUGAGUGAAUUUCGCUCAGUCCAGGCCUUCUGCUUGUACACCAGCACAUCCAUUGUUUUCUGUUACAUUUAUAACAUCUUCUUCUUUGGAAGUUUUCUAGCCCUAAACGGCAGGAGAGAGCAGAGUAACAGACACUGGCUGACCUGCUGCAAACUCCCAACACACACUCCUGAAGGAAAGUCAUUGGCGUAUCGUCUCUGUUCUGUAGGUGGCGACUAUGACCAAGAAACCAGUGCUGAGAAACAACAGCCCAUAGCACACUUCUUCAAGUUCUGUUAUGGUCUGUUCCUGACCAAGCCCUGGACCAAAGUCUGUGUGAUGCUGCUGUAUUUGGGUUAUUUGGCUGGAGGCAUCUAUGGAUGUUUUAAUUUACAGAAGGGUAUUAAUAUGAGGGACCUGGCAGCUGAUGAUUCAUAUGUAGUAAAUUAUUAUGACGAUGAUCAGAAAUUCUUCUCCAGGUAUGGUCCAAAUAUCAUGGUUGUAGUGACUGAAGAGUUGCCAUACUGGAACAAGAGCAGCAGAUUAGAACUAAACCAAUGCAUGGAAAAACUCUACAACUUGACAUUUGUCAAUUGAAAUCUGUCUCCUGGUUAGACUUUUACUUACAAUUUGCUCAAACCCAAGGCCUUAAUCUAGACAAUGAAAACAUCUUCAUGGA